GUUGGUGACCUACAUCUUCGUCUAUGAGAACCCCAUCUCCCUGCUCUGUGGCGCCAUCAUCAUUUGGCGCUUUGCUGGCAACUUUGAGAGGACCGUGGGCACUGUCCGCCAUUGCUUCUUCACCUUGAUCUUUACCAUCUUCUCUGCCAUCAUCUACCUGUCGUUCGAGUCUGUAUCAUCGCUGUCCAAGCUGGGUGAGGUGGAGGAUGCCAGAGGGUUUACCCCUGUGGCUUUUGCCAUGCUGGGAGUCACCUCCGUCCGCUCUCGGAUGAGGCGGGCCCUGGUGUUUGGUGUGGUGGUGCCUUCAGUCCUCGUGCCCUGGCUGCUGCUGUGUGCCUCCUGGCUCAUUCCUCAGACCUCCUUCCUGAGUAAUGUCUCUGGCCUUUUGAUUGGCCUGUCAUAUGGCCUCACCUACUGCUACUCCCUCGACCUCUCUGAGCGAGUAGCCCUGAAGCUUGAUCAGAAGUUCCCCUUCAGUGCCAUGAGGAGGAUUCCCCUGUUCAAGUAUAUCUCAGGUUCUUCUGCGGAAAGAAGAGCAGCACAGAGCCGAAAGCUGAACCCUCCACCUGGCUCCUACCCCACACAGAGUUGCCACCCUCAUCUAACCCCAAGUCACCCUGUCACCCAGAUGCAGCAUGCCAAUGGCCAGAAAUUGGCCUCCUGGCCUCCGGGACACAUGCCCAGCCUGCCUCCAUACCAGCCUGCUUCUGGCCUGUGUUAUGUGCAGAAUCACUUUGGUCCUAACCCCAAUGCUAACACUGUGUACCCAGCUUCUGCAAGGACCUCCCAGGGGGUGCAGGCUCCCUUCCCCAUCAGCUGUCCUGGCACUGUAUAUUCUGGGGCGUUGGGCACCCCAGGGGCUACAGGCUCCAAGCAAUCUUCCAAGGUUGCCAUGCCCUAGCCAGUCCACAGAAAAGGCUCCUACAUGUUAGGCAGAGAAAGGUCCUACCCAAGUGAGGAAUUUCUUAAGAAUUAUUUAUUGAAGCCAGGGCGUGCUGGCCUGUCAUCCCAGCUGCUUGGAAGGUUGAGGCCUAUAGAUCCAAAGGUCAAGAUCUGUCUGGGCUCCAGAGCAAUUCCAAGGGCAGCCUAGGCUAUGUAUCACAAGACUCUAUAUUAAAAUUAAUAAAAAGAGGUGGGCCUGGGACACUGUGGUACAGUGUUUACCUAGCAUAGUCCUUAGCUCCACAAGGGGGGGGGGGAUUAUUUAUUAAAUACCUCCGUGUGCCAGCUCUGUUGAGUACUUUGAUAAAUGUCCCUAUAUAUCUGUGUCGUUUGCCCUCAAGGCAGCUCUAUAUAGUAAAGUUUACUGACCCAGCUUUCAGACAUAGGAAAUAAAACUGGGCAUGGAAAGCCAUGCCUAUAAUCAGCUGUGAUCAGGGCAGGACCCGACGUUGAAGGUCGUCCCUAGCUACAAAGUGGGUCUGAAGCCAGCCACUGCCUACAUGAGAAGUAAGACACCCUGGGGUCCCAUGGAGUCUUGAGGCUCUACAGCCACUGCUGGAAAGUGCGGUUGUCAUCGGCUGCCAGGGACUGUUGCCAGUCCUACCAUCCCAUCCUGCUUAGUGCCUGUGGGUCCUUGCUCGUGUCUGGUGUGCCUGUGUAGUGGACAGUCUGUGACAUCGUCUUCCCUCUCCAGCCCUCCCUGUCCUGACUUCUGCCAGACAGUGGUGACCUGCAGCAGCAUACUGUUGGUCCACCCUGUGAGUUAACCUUUGUAUAAAAACCAGCCUCCAACCUGCCAA